GAGAGAGAGAGAGAGAGAGAGAGAGCUGUUUACAUUGUGAACCAGACCUCUGAUUUAUCGUCAUCCAGCUCAACCACCGGGACAACAGCUGUCUCGCUUCAUAGUCACUUUUUGUUCGCGGAACCGUGAUCAGUUUCAGCUUUUACGCACAGUCAUGAUUUUGACGCACAGGUGAACUUCUGUCGCCUCAUCGCGCCUCGACCACAACUCCACAAGGAAAGAAAAAAAAAAAAAGAAAGUAUCGAAGCCAUCUCGUCUUAUUUCUCCUCUUCGUUCUUCUGUCUCGACUGCUCGGAGGUGAACCAGUGACCAGAGCCAUGUCCAGGAAGAAGGCAGUGAAAGGCAAAGGGAGCUCCAAGAGCCCCAAGGCGUCGCCGAGCAGCGGCAGAGACGGCGGGAGGACGGGGAAAGGUCUGGCCGCCGCUGCCGCUCCGUCCUCCGGACUGGUUUACCCCAGCAGACCCUCCAUCAGCAACAGUGGAGAGUUUUAUGACAUCGCCUUCAAGGUGAUGCUGGUGGGGGAUUCAGGUGUGGGGAAGACUUGUCUGCUGGUUCGCUUCAAAGACGGAGCCUUUCUAGCCGGAAGCUUCAUCUCUACUGUGGGUAUCGACUUCAGGAAUAAAGUUAUGAGCAUUGACGCAGUAAAGGUCAAACUGCAGAUUUGGGACACUGCUGGUCAGGAGCGUUUCCGGAGCGUCACACAUGCUUACUACCGCGACGCUCACGCUCUUCUCCUCCUCUAUGACGUCACCAACAAAGCAUCCUUCGACAACAUCCGGGCGUGGUUGACAGAGAUCCACGAGUACGCUCAGCAGGACGUGGUCGUCAUGCUGCUGGGUAACAAGGCCGACUCCACACAUGACAGGGCGGUGAAGCGAGAGGAGGGAGAGAAACUGGCCAAGGAGUUUGGAGUGCCCUUCAUGGAGACGAGCGCUAAAUCUGGACUGAACGUGGAGCUGGCCUUCACCGCCGUGGCCAAAGAGCUGAAGCACAGGACCAUGAAGGAGCCUGACGAGCCAAAGUUUCAGCUGCAGGAAUACGUCGACCAAGAAAUGAGGACGGCCGGCUGCUGCCGCUCGUAGACCGCAUCCCUAUUUGUGUGUGUGUGUAUGCGCGUAUGUGUGUGUGUGUGUGUGUGAGAGAGAGAGAGAGAGGGAGAGAACCGGUACAUUCUGUAUGUAAUAAAAUCUGAGAUGGUGUGUCUGGGAAUAAUCAUGAAAUUCUCAGUGUUUGUAAUAUUUCUAUUAGUGGUGGAUAUCUCUCCCAGCCCACCUUUCCUCUGCAACUGUGAAUGUAAAAUAAAUAAUUCCUACUACCUACAUGCUGACACACACACACACACACACACACACACACACACACACACACACACACACACACACACAGUUUGUCCAUCCACUUCAUAGCCUGUUUAAUGCAUUCUGUGCAGUUUUUCAGUGUGAUGUACAUAUUUUAAAUGUAAGUUUAAUUUUGUGCUCUGAAAAUCUUUGUAGUUUAUAAAUGCCCGUCUUGUUGAAACUAAAGUAUAUGGACAAAAAAAUAUGUUGAAUAUUAAAUCAAUAUCAUAGAUCUUAUUGACACGUUUCUAUGGAUACACUAAUGCACCUGAUGUAAGCUGUCAAACGGCACUGUGUGCUGUUUGUAUGUACAGGAUAAAAUAUCAUUACCGUUUUUAAUACUGGCACUUGUGAUCAUGACUGUCAUCGUGCUGACGUGUCUGUGACUUAUGAUUUGGGGUCUUGACAUUUUGUACACAGAUUGUUCAGUUCAAGAGUUCAAAGUUGCUGUGUGAAGCGUUUAACGCCAUUAAAUCUCUCUCAGUAAUUAUCACAUUCAAUGUAAUUAACAGCAUCGUCAAUAAAAGCCCGUAGGUGUCCACUGACCUCGACUGUGCUCGGGGACGAUGCAGUUGUGUUGCGUUAUGGCAAAUAACAGGAAGAGGGCGCUGCUUCGUUGAAAUCUGCUCUAAACCUGCACAAAAAAAACAAGUUGGACAUUGAGUUUGGAAGCUACAGAAUCAUUCGUUUGACAAGAAAUGAAUCAAUUAAUUAACCAAUUAAUAAUAAAAAUAAAAAAAAAACCUUCACUCAUGGGCUUCUUACCAGCCUUUUCUGGAUCUUGCUAUCACAUCUCAUGGUCUUCAUCAGUGGAUGAUCUGCUGAUCAGGGCCGAAUCAACUCCAUCAGCUUUAAGAUUUAACAAGAUUAAUUAUUUUAGUAUUCAGUGGGUCAACUCCAUGCACUAAGCAAAUUCUAUCUGCAGAUGAAGACCAUGAGAAGUGGUGGAAAGCUCAAGGUAAAGCUAGUAAGUGGACAUUGAGUUUAGAUUUUUUUGUUUAGUGAGAGGUUAUAGAUUAUUUCCCACAUUUUGUAUCACAGUGAAUUUUAAAGUAUCUGAUAUAUAGUGUAAAUAUUUCGAACCGCUGCGCCGGACAUCUUGUUUUGCCAUGUUUUAUUUCAGCGCAUAAGAUUGUUCAAAACAACAGAAAAUGAACCGUAGUGUGAAAGCCAACGUGAGGACAGCAGAUAUUCAAAGUACAAUUCUUGUAGUUUCCAACGGAGAGACACAAAAUAUUUGAAAACGCAACCAGGAAGUGAAGAGUUGAGAGAUUCGUUCAACCUGGAGGAUGCUUGGGUUGCACCCAUUGGUUGGUUUUAGACUUCCUGUCAUUGAUCUUUUGCUGGACUAAUGUUGCACUGUGGAUCCGGGCCCCCGAGGGGAGGGUGGAGGGAAAGGUAAUUGGAAAGUCGGUAGCAGGUGGAGUGAUGCUGCUAUUGUGUGCUGGGUUCAAAGAGGAGUUGUCCAACAGUGUGACAAUGCAAAGCUUUUCAGCAGCUGCUUUGAAUCAAUAACUUGUCACAGGCUUUUUCUUUUUUUCCCACAGAUUCUACCCAGUGGUAGGAAAACCUCUAUGUCAGAUGUUUUUAUUGAAAAUUGUUCCUGCUAUAAUGUUAAAAACACACAACAUUUUAUUUGGAAAUACUGUAAAUAAAGAUUCAGAAAACUUACAUUCGUUCAGAAAUAAAUCAGAUGUUGUUAAUUUAUUGUUAACUUGUAAUCUGUUCUGUAUCUUAACUGAGAUGAUUUGUAUCGUAUCAAUCUGACGUAUUUGCAUUAAAGAAUCCCUCAAUAA